UUUAGUGACACUCAGGAAGGCAAUAGUAAUAUUAUAAUAGAACUCUGAAGACGCCAUAUUCGACGGAUCACACAAGAUUUGCGGAGUAUUUUCUUAAGACACCAUGUAGUUAGACAAUAAACCGAGGCUUUCUUCUCCCUUUCUUCUCGUCAGAGAGCCACGUUUUCCAGUGAAUUAUCAAUUUCGGAUCACCCCUUAAACGCAGCGUCAAGCGACUGAAUUUUAUAAAAUGGCACCUCACAGUGGAAAAUUCACUGGAGAUCAUCACACUGUUCAUACCCUUGGGGCUGGUGCAAUUGCCGGCAUCUCCGUCGGAAGCGUCUUCUUCCUUGUUAUGAUGUCAGCAUGCGUUUUCAAGUGCUACCAAAAGAGGGCAAACAGGCCAAUGAAUCGACUUUCCGUUGCAAUAAAGAAGGGUCUAAAACAGGGCGGAGGCCUUAGAAAAAGUCCCAGCAGUCUGCGUAGCCCAUUGUCAGCGUCGAGUAGGGACUCGUCACCAAUGUAUCCCGACGGGUCAGAAUACAGUGAAGGAAGUGGUGAGCCGGGCUCUGGUGGCCGCCAUCUAAGAUUGCCCAAGAGCGGUAGCAAGUCUCCAGUCGGCGAUCACCACGCGGUAAAGGCUUCCGACUACCCCGCGGAUGAGGACCUUGAGGCGAGCUCACCCGAGAAGGACGACUCCAUGAAGGAAAAGGGCGAGGAAGAGACCAAGGUUACCAAGUUAGGGAAUCUCUUCUUCAACGUUGAAUAUGACAAGCAGAAGAGCGCCCUCAUGGUCACAGUCGUCCGGGCUGUCGAUCUACCCGCCAAGGAUAGGAAUAUAGGGAGCUCGGAUCCCUACGUCAAGCUGCAGCUGCUCCCGGAGAAGCGACACAAGGUCAAGACGCGGGUGCUGCGCAAGACCACGACACCGGUAUACGACGAGACCUUCACGUUCUACGGGAUAAGCUUUAACCAGCUCCAAGGCAUCACCCUGCACUUCGUGGUCCUUAGCUUCGAUCGGUUCUCCCGUGAUGACAUCAUUGGCGAGGUGGUCUGUCCGCUGAGUGGUGUUGACCUGAACAAGAGCGAGGUUGCCCUCAAUAAGGAAAUACAAGCCAGACAAUACAAGAUUCGAAGCCAAGGCCGGGGAGAGUUGCUGGUCUCGGUGUGUUACCAGCCCGCUGCGAACAGGCUCACUGUGGUUGUACUCAAGGCACGGAACCUUCCCAAAAUGGACAUCACCGGUUUAUCAGAUCCAUACGUUAAAAUAUAUCUGCUGUACAACGGUCAGAGAAUUGCCAAGAAGAAAACGCACGUGAAAAAGCGUACGCUGAACCCAGUGUUCAAUGAAUCCUUCGUGUUCGAAGUCCCGUACAACGAGGGUCUACAGAAUAUCAGUCUAGAGUUCCUUGUCCUCGACUGGGAUAGAGUGGCCAAGAAUGAAGUGAUAGGCAAGAUGGAGAUCGGACUGAAUAAGGAAGGCUUAGAGAAGGAGCAUUGGAAUGAGGUGAUGAACUGUCCAAGGAAACAGAUCGCGGAGUGGCACAAGAUGCGAGAAUAGGCGAGCUGGCGGAGAAUAUCUAGCGAUAAAUCAACGGUUUGUGAUUAGACCUUUUGAAAUAUUUUGAGAGGCAUUGAGAAAAAAAAGAGUAGAGUAGAAGAGUAAAGAAUGAUUUGUCUGGGGCGGGUGGGACUAUAGUCAGUGCAGUGGAAUAGUUUGGUCCGGCCAAUCGGUCAAGCUACCUGGUUUAUUGGACUAAUCUGUAGAGCUGUCAAUGGUUCACCUGAAGACUGGUGUUGGUGAUAGCUCAGUUUUGGCAAACUAGUUCAGGUGGAACCAUUUCAUGAGCAAAUGGAAUCGCUGAUUUUCCGCAUUGAACCUGCUGUAUAAAAUAUUGCUUAAAAUAGACAAAAGACUGCCUCAAUGCUAUUAUGCAAAAGUCCUUCGCUAUGGGCAACAGGGCCCAACGUAAAAUGCACCGGCAUUGUGCGUGAUACGCUACGUAACGUAAAUGUGGAGAUAAGCCUUCAAAGUACAACUGAAGGACACUUUGAGGCGGCAUCUUUUGUGAAUCAGCCCUUUUGCAACGGAUAGAGAAUGUUUGCGGGUGACUGCACUGCCUAUUGGCCCUCGGGGCUAUACCUUCAAAUGAGGGGUACUGGGCGGUGGUCUUCAUGAUAACGCGUAUAUACCUCCCAUACAAUGUCGCAAUCAACUCAUCGGGGACUGGAUAGAGAUGUAUUACGGGGUGAAAUUAAAAAUGUGAUAUAUUUUAAAAUUCAACGUAAAAUCAUCUAAAACAUAAUGAAAUGACCAUUCGUGGAAAAGUUCGCAAGGAGCACAGUCUGCGUCAUUUGUUUUUUGUUUUGAUUCUGAUUGGAAAAUUGUUGUAUUUUGGGGUGAGAUGUUCAUUUUAAAAAAAUUCUGCAAACUUAUUGAGUCCUUGAGGAGUUUUACAAUUUAAGCACUCCUCUUUGUCUGAUUGUGAUGAGUGUGCUUGUCAUGUGUCGUGACACCGUGGUAAUACAUGAAAACGAAUUUCACGUAUCGUCUUGUGGUUGUAAAUAACGUACACAAUGUAACGGUUCUACGUUUUACAAUGUAUUCAAUAAUCAUAUCAUAAUAUCCAACAGAUAAUCAGAAUUGGUGAUAUCUCGCAUGUUGAGCUACAAGAACCGACCAUUGAAGGCCGCUACUAACUUAAAUGUAAAUACUUAGAUACUUCCCAUCGGAUUCAUUUUCGACCAAUUACAAAUUCGUCAGGACCUGAACGUAAGUCUCUUGUGAUGGAUACUAAGGUUUUUUGGUCAUUAUUUUGUCAUCCUGAGACAGUGCUCUUUAGGUCAUUUCUGUACCACCCUGGACUUUAUUUCAAAUUACUGACAGUUUCCGGUUCCUUAAAAUGUUUUCAUAGUCGAAUUCCCCCUCUGCUUGCUUUCACGCCAUCUUUAUUAUAACCGGAAAUACUCCGGUCUGUAGGGGAACAAAUAUUCUGAUUGGUUAAGAGCUAGCCUAAAAUGGCUGAUGCUGGCCAAUAUUGUUAUGCUUAUUUGAUCAUGUGAUAGCUAAAUUACCCACCUUUUCGUUAACUGACUUUGAUUAAAUAUAUUCUAAACGACGUCCCUUAUACAUGUAAAUGUGUCGUUCAUAUACGUUAUUCAUGGUAAUUUCAUAUUCGUGUGUAUAGUUUGUUGUUGGGCUCUUAUUUUGACGACAACACACAGGGUUAGCCGUACAUGUUCUUUGUAAGUAUUUAGUAUGUACACAUAAAGAAGUCAUUUCCGAAAAACACGCCAAAAGAUUUUUUCUUCUUGCUGAUAAGGAAAGGAGCUGCUCUGUGAUACUGGUAUAAUUAAAGUUUUUACUGCCCACCAAAGACAUCACUUUCGAGGAUGCAUACGCAAAUAUUGUGAAUUGUCUGAUGAAAUCUCCAUUUCCUUUAAAAAUUGGCUUGAUGAGUUUUGGAAAUGUAUUCUUUAUGUAUUUGUUAAUCCACCGGGGAACAACUUUAUAAACAUUAUCUUCACGAAAUCACCACCGGCCAGGUUUUUAUCAUAUUCCGGGUGAUGUUGGUACUACUUACAUUUUAUUUUACAUAUUUUUUAUUUUAUAGGCCUAUGUCAAAAUAAAUUAUACAAAGUGAGCAACGGAACAACGAGAAUUUUAUUCCUGACCACCAUUUUAUCUGCAUAGCGGAAACGUUUGUAAGACAAUGAUGGUUUAGAAAAAUUGCGUACAUAUACACCCGCCGAACCAGAAGUAAAAUAAACCUCUGUACGAUACUUUAUAAAUUGAUUCAUGUCGGCUGAUAAGGAAUCUCGAGAUUUCUUUCUAGAGUCCAACUUAAUUAACGUUUUAAAGUCUAAUCAAAGUUCAUCCAUCUGAUACGAAUAUGACACCCAUUAAGCAGACCCAAUUUCCCCGGGAGAUGCUUAUAUUGAGUACAAAUAUAUGGUAGAUAUUGUAAAUAAUUCGAUUUAUUUGCAAGUCAUCACCUCAUUUCCGGGGGUCUGUAAGAUUAUCUUUAGCCCAUUAAAGGAGGCUUUGAUCCGCUAUGCUGCCAGCGCCGGUUAAGAUUAUCUUAGGCGUGUAUUGUUUUGGGGCAGGUCAGCGCCGGUCUACAUUAUCGUUGGCGUGUAUUGUUUUUCAGUCAGCGAGUCUCUAGCCUCUGACUAAAAGCAUCGGGAAAUGGAGUUCGUUCAUCUUUGAGAAACAAAACAGUUUUUCGAUGACAUUUCAAAUACAGAUGUAUUCCAAAAUAACAUGACCUCCUUGGAGAGUUCUCGAAAUAGGAAAUAAUGAAUGACAAAUACGUGAAAUUGAAUUUCUGGGUGCCUCAAAGAUAAGUAGACUAUUUCGGAACUCUUGUUUGCGAAAGUCGAUAUUUUGUUUUUCUAGAGGCGCAUUUUCAAUCAACUGACGUAAAUCGAACGACUUCUUUAUGGUAAGUGUACAAGACACACAUUAAGCACAAAUUUGGCUCCAUCGUUAUUUUCAACUAAUGUUUUGUUGUAAAAAAUAAAGAAAUAUUCUAUAGCUUUCAGAAUACUUGGGGGGAAAAAUGUGUUUUCAGACUGAUAUUUGUUAAUAUAACGGGAUGUUUUUCCUGCAGAAAGAACGGUUCUGUUUCUACAGGCGUUUUUGAGAAGGAAGCUCUUUUUCUUCAAACUCCGCAGUGAACAAACUUCUUUUCUUCAGACAAAAAAGUGUGCUUCCUUCAGAAACCUGAAACGUACGGAGACAGAGUCGGAAAGGUGUUCCGCGGGGUGUUUGGCAUUCUUACCCCACGUAACUCUGGAUAAUCAAUUCCAUUGGGCCCAAUAUGUAUCGUGAUUUCAAUAAGUUGUAGAAUUAUGCCAUGAAAUACUCAGAUAUAUUUUCGUAAAACAAUAAUAUGUACAUGUGUUUGUGUAAAGUUGUAUAGUUGGUUGAUCUGUAUAUAAACUAAAAGCACAUAUUCAUUAGUUGGUAUAUCACUGUUACAACUAUGCUAUACGGCUGUUAUAUCUGAGUCAAUAUCUUUGACAAACAGUGCGAAUGAAAAGAAAGGAGGAAAAGGGGGUUUGCAUCUUAAAAAUCUAUUGGUAGGUUACUGACAUGAGAAAAAACGAAUCAAGGCAUAACAGAGGGCAGUUGCUGAUACCGAUGAUGGGCUUCGGAGAUUGAUGACAUGGUGUCGUUUCUGCAACUUUUUGUCAUAUUAUCUCAGAUAGAAAAUGGUUGAGUAUUCUGAAGCACAGUUUCUCUUGUCUUCGUGUUCGUUGAUUAUAAUUGCAUGUAUUAAGUCUGUGCCAUGUACAACAUCUACAGGCUUCAUUUAUUAGAUUUUACUCUAUACUACUGCACUUAGUGAAAGGCUGGAAUCGUUGUCCUUCACGAAGUUAGGGGAAAGGCAAAGCAAAAUCCGCUGUUUGGUAAUAGGACUAGCAUGACUGUAUACCAUCUCGAAACUUAAAGGGUUAACCUUUACACAAAUCGUGAAUGUUAACCCAUGUGUGUCGAGAUGGGUACAACAUGUCGCACUCCUUUCGCAAAUCAAACUGAUGAGAGAGUCUCUAAGAUAGCAACAAACACAAAAGCUGGUUACCACUGCAAAGAAUACUGUUGAUAAAGAUAUUACUAUGGGUAAAAAAAGGACUAUUCCAGUCAAUCUAGCUAAAUUCUCGCCAAACCCACCACUGAUUGCAACAGAAACGAAACCUGUUGGAAUGUGUCCAGAUUGCUUCCCUUGAUGAUAUAUCAAAGUCUUCUUAAGUCUUUGGAGUGGAACAGACGGUCUGCUUUGUUUUUCCCCCUUCAAUAUUCAAUUUCUGAGUAUACGCCUAUAUUUAUGUGAUUAUGUAAGUUUUGAACCCAGUGAAGUUCGAGGUAAAUAUGUUAUUAUUACGUCUUCACGAACGAGAAGGAGAUGUCAUUAAAAAACAUAUUACUUCAAGUUACAUGUGCGUGUACUUGAAGUAAUACGUUUUUUAUCAUAGUCAGGUGGAUAUUGUUUUUAAAUCAGAGCUGGCUAAAUGUAAUUAAAACACCUAACCAAAAACGCUAAUCGGCUGAUUAACAGUCUCUCCGUUCGUGAAGACGCAGGGUUCGAAUUGUAAAAUAUAUUUGAACUGUUUUAGACGAGAUGUGACUUUAAGGGUCAUGAAGGGCGAAUGGGCUCGUAAGGGAAGUUCAUUAUGUGCUAGUUGCGGUUGAGAUGCUACAAGAGAUUUUAGCAUCACAAAAGGGUUGGAUUAAGGCCGCGCCUGAUCAGUUUUAAAGCGAGAGAGUAGGAAAUAAGUAAUUUGGCUACGCUGAAGGCAAAGGGCGUGAGAGUUUGGGUGGCAAACUUGUGAUCAAUAAAUUGUAAAAAAUAUGUUUGAGAGGGUCCGAUAACCGAAGACCGUGAUUGUUGACUAUAUUUGAGGAGACAGAUAUGGAUGAUUCCAGCAAAUGAAAAGUUUUAGAAUAAAAUAUUUCAUGUUCUCUUUUACGGCUGUGGGGCAUUAUUGAGUUUGGAGAGGCUAUUCCCAUUGUUAUGUUGAAAUUGACAGACGAAUUCCUUUUCAAUAUGAUAUACUAUUAUAAAAAGCGUUUACUGUUCCUGUUUUGUCAUAUUCUUCUGCUUUCGCUUUUCCUCAAACUUACUGUAAAAAUAAUUCUAUGGCAAUAUUCGGCAGUGGCUCUUCCGUAACAGUUCCAAAGAGAUCAUGAUUGAACAUGUCUCGACGUUAUCUACUUGUUUUUUUCGUCGAGGAAAUGUUAGGAAUGGCCACUCCGUUACUUUGCCACUAUAAUGAAAAGCUUCUUGCUUGGAAAAUAUUGUUGAACUAUUUGUUGAUGUGUGUAAAUACGAUGGAAUCAGAUGCUGGAUCAUUCCGGGUGUAAUAAAGAACGAUUGAUAUAAAAAC